CUGCAUUCGAUUCGCGAACGUCAGAAAGAGACGACCGCUCGGCAUCGUACUAGGCGAGCGAGAGGCGAGAGGAACCUCAAUCUUUUCCAAGAUUCAACGUGGGGUGAUCGGUUCGGUGUUGUGUCUGUGUUUAAGUUAAAUAAUUUCUAACCGUUCUUGGUGCGGGUGUAAUAUUCCAUCAUGAGCGGAAUGAUAAGAUUAACUAGGUUGUUUACGAAAAAUACAUUGUCUUGGUCAAAACCAGUAAUUGCAAGUCGAAAACUUCACUUUGCUGUUGGUGAAAAAUCAAAGGCACAUGUAAGCAGUGAUAUUGUAAGCAAAGAAUACAAAGUCAUUGACCAUGACUUUGAUGCAGUUGUUGUUGGAGCUGGAGGUGCUGGCCUUCGGGCUGCCUUUGGUCUUGUCGCUGAAGGUUUCAAAACUGCAGUUAUAACAAAAUUAUUUCCCACGAGAUCACACACAGUUGCUGCACAAGGUGGCAUUAAUGCUGCUUUAGGAAACAUGGAGGAGGACAAUUGGCAGUGGCACAUGUAUGAUACAGUUAAAGGAUCAGAUUGGUUAGGAGAUCAAGAUGCAAUUCACUAUAUGACUAAAGAAGCACCCAAAGCUGUCAUUGAAUUAGAAAAUUAUGGAAUGCCUUUUAGCAGAACAAAUGAAGGAAAAAUAUAUCAAAGAGCUUUUGGAGGUCAAAGUUUGAAGUUUGGAAAAGGUGGUCAAGCUCACAGAUGUUGCGCAGUGGCUGACAGGACUGGUCAUUCGCUAUUGCAUACAUUGUAUGGUCAAUCACUUCGCUACGACUGUAAUUAUUUUAUCGAAUAUUUUGCAUUGGAUUUAUUAAUGGAGGACGGAGAAUGUCGAGGUGUUAUUGCUCUCUGCUUAGAAGAUGGUACAUUACACAGAAUUCGUGCAAAGAACACUGUUUUGGCGACUGGUGGUUAUGGACGAGCAUAUUUUUCAUGCACUUCAGCACAUACCUGCACAGGUGAUGGCACCGGUAUGGUAGCCAGAGCUGGAUUACCAGCACAAGAUUUAGAAUUUGUGCAGUUCCAUCCUACAGGUAUUUAUGGAGCUGGCUGUUUAAUUACUGAAGGAUGCAGAGGUGAAGGUGGAUUUUUGGUAAAUUCUCAAGGAGAGAGAUUUAUGGAACGAUAUGCACCUGUUGCAAAAGAUUUGGCCAGUAGAGAUGUGGUUUCUAGAUCAAUGACAAUUGAAAUCAAUGAAGGUCGCGGUGUAGGACCUGAGAAAGAUCACGUUUUAUUGCAAUUACAUCACUUACCAGCUGAACAAUUAGCGAGCAGACUUCCUGGUAUUUCCGAGACAGCUAUGAUAUUUUGUGGUGUUGAUGUUACUCGUGAGCCAAUCCCCGUUUUACCAACAGUGCAUUAUAAUAUGGGAGGAGUACCCACAAAUUACAAAGGACAAGUCUUAAUUAAUGUUGAUGGGCAAGACAAAAUUGUGCCUGGCUUAUAUGCUGCUGGUGAAGCAGGAUGCGCUUCCGUGCAUGGAGCUAAUAGAUUGGGUGCUAACUCCCUGCUGGAUUUAGUUGUUUUUGGACGUUCUUGUGCUUCAACAAUUGCUGCUGAAAACAAACCUGGCGAGAAAUUCGGGUCUUUGAGCAAGAAUGCGGGUGAACAAUCUAUUGCAAAUUUGGAUACAUUAAGGAACGCUAGCGGUAGCAUUUCUACAGCCGACUUAAGAUUGCAACUUCAGAAAACAAUGCAAACGCAUGCCGCUGUAUUCAGAGAGGAAAAAACAUUGAAAAAAGGUUGUGAACUUACAUCUGGUCUAUACAAACAAAUGAAAGACUUGAAGUUAUUCGAUAGAAGUCUGAUUUGGAAUUCAGAUUUAGUGGAGGCUCUUGAAUUACAAAAUUUGAUGAUCUGUGCUAGACAAACAAUUGUAGCCGCUGAAAAUCGUAAAGAAAGCCGAGGUGCCCAUGCUAGAGAUGACUACAAAGUCAGAUGUGAUGAAUUUGAUUAUAGUAAACCAUUAGACGGACAAACUCGUAAACCAAUGACGGACCAUUGGAGAAAACAUACAUUGACAACUGUCAAUAUCGACACAGGUGAUGUGAAUAUUACUUAUAGACCUGUAAUAGAUAAUACAUUGGAUUCUAAAGAAUGUGCUACAGUACCACCGGCAAUUAGAUCAUAUUAAAGAAGAAUAUUCUUUUGUAUAUUUUUGAUUUGAAAGUAAGAGUUUAACUUGAAGGUGUACAAUUUGAGUAAGAGCUCAUAAGUAUUACUAGCCAAGAUCUAUAUAACAUUAUUGAAUGAUAUGUACAUAAGUUAUGAAAUCAUGUAAAUUAUUUAUUUUCAGAAUUAAUUUAA